ACUAAAACGACACUCGAGUAAUAUUUUGGGAACCAAAAAUGUCAAUGUGCCAUCAUUCGGCCCAGGACACCAAAAGCGUGUGGGAGGCAUUUGCUGAUUGGAAAAGACAAUUCUAUUCCCCGCGUUUGGCCUUGUGGUUAUCCAAAUCAGGGAUACAAUUGAAAAAAUUAGGCAAAAAAGUGGCAGCCAUUCAAUUGGCUUUAAAGGUGAGACAACUUUCCUCCCACCCACCCAACCCCCAUACCUUUACCGAAAAACAUAAAAAAAAAAAAAACUUUCCUCCCAGUACUCGUUGUGCUUUAGCAUCAACUGUGUUCAGAACCAUUGCAGUUUGAGCCCGACUGGGCGCAAAUGGCACGGAGAAUGAAGGCGGCUGCUGAAACAGGAGAUAUCAAUGGCUUGUACGAUUCAAUUAAGGAGGACCCUAAUGUUUUGGAUAGUAUAGAUGCUAUACCUUUCAUUGAUACUCCUCUACAUACAGCUGUCUCGGCAGGACAUACUUAUUUCGCUGUAGAAAUCUUGAGAUUGAAGCCAUCAUUUGGUAGGAAGCUGAAUCCAGAUGGGCUAAGCUCCUUGCACCUGGCUUUGAUAAAUCACAAGUUUGAUACGGUAAAACGACUCAUAAAGUUGGACAAGGAGCUCAUACGGGUCAAAGGAAAGCAAGGGGAGACUCCUUUGCAUUUCAUUGCCGGAAAAGAAGACAUCAAUACCGAUCAACAACAAAGAGUACUGGAUGAUCGCGUUAAUGCCGAUCAACAACAAAAAGAACUGGAUGAUCAUCGCAUUAAUACUUUGGCAGAAUUCCUUAUUGCUUGCCCGAAUUCAAUUGGGGACUUGACAAAUCAAGAUGAGACUGCUCUGCAUAUCGCCGUUAGAACAAAGAAUAAAAGUGCUGUAGAAAUCAUAUUGGGACUUAUUCGAAGGAUCAACAAGAGAAGAUUGCUGGCCAACAAAGAUGACAAAGGGAACACUGCUUUGGAUUUAGCGGUGGAAAAUUCACAGCUCGAGAUUGUGAAGUUAUUAGUUAAAGAACCCUUUGCGAACAUAAGUGCAAAGAAUUUAGACAAACAUACUGCACUUGAUAUUGCUUUGCAACGUCUUGCUGAUGUUGCCAGAUCGGAGAGAGCUUUAGAAAAUUCAUCCUGUGAUGAAAACUAUGCUCUUGCUAAAUUUUUGAAUUCGCCCGAGCGACGUUUGGAAGUACUCUAUAAACAAAAGUUUUUUAUGGGUAGAUCAGCGACAAUGGAGUUGCGUAACAUUGGACUGGUGGUAGCUGUGCUAAUUGCAACGGCGACCUUCACAAGUGUACUUAGCCCCCCUGGAGGGGUACACGGUGGUGACUUCAACCUCCUUUCAGAUGGCGGUAAUUUCAGUGCCAUGGUUACGUCCAACAACAACGAUAACAUCAGUGUUGUUGAGGGCAACUUAUUCAUUAGCACUGACAAUCCUGCCAAACGACAUCUGUUUGAUGCACAAGAUUUGGAAUAUGGGAAUGCCUUCGUCCUUUUUUACGUAUUUAACACAGUUGCCUUUGUUCUCUCGGCGGCGAUGAUAAUGUUUGUCCUCCCAGGUAUACCCAUAUUUUUGCUACUGCAUGUGGCUCUUUUAUAUACGAUGCUGAGCUAUGGGACUUCAUUUUACCUCAUAUCACCGUCGUUUGGUUACUGUACUAUUUAUGUGAUAGCAUCCACUCUUUGUGCGUCGCUGGUUUAUUGCUGUAGGAUUACGAUGUUUGCAAUUGAAAAUAUCGCCAAGGGAAAACGUAGAGUUCCCUUCUACUGGUCAAAGCUUCAAGGGGAACGCCUUGUGAUGCUGAAUAAUUUGUUGGGCAAUAUUAAUUGAGUGAUCGGUCCAAAACCAGAUGCGCCAGUUGCCAAACACAACAUUGGCAAGUGUGAGAGGUUGUCGUCGUUAUUGUUGUUUGGUUUUCCUUUAUUUGUUCUAUGUAAUCUUGCUUUUGUUCUGAUGUAUUAGAUUGGACUACAAGAAUAAACUAUUUUUCUUCUCUC